UAGUAGAUUUUUCUUCAUCACACACUGAUUUAGAGAGAGAAACGGAGAGAUAAUCUAGAGAGAGAGAAAUGGAAGGGAUGAGGGAGAUCGCGAGAUCCUACUACGAGAGAGCGAGCGACGCCGCGAAGAUUUCGAUCGAAGAAUCCUUCGCGAAACUCGACGUGGACGGCGACGGGAAGAUAUGCCUGGCGGAGUUCAAGAAAUCGGUGAGCUCGUGGCUGCGCGCGGAGGCCGUGUUCGAGAAACUCGACGAGGACGGCGACGGCGGCCUGGAUUUCGACUAGUUUCUCUGCCUUCACUACAUGGAGAAGAAGGUGGAAUUAAACAAAUGCAGCGUCUGCCAUGAGCUGCUGGUGGGCCCCUACUUCUCUUGCUUGCUAUGCAUAGGAAGACGUCCCGACUCCUACGACCUCUGCUGCUCUUGUUACCGCCGCCACGACGCUUUGCCCGAGCAUGAGCACUCCGAUCACUACAUGAUGGAUCCUCACUCUCUGCUCAUGGAGUUCAGAAGUCGCACCGCUGCUGCUGACACGUCUCAAAACAAGAAUGACAUAGAAGAACUGCGCGAAAUCGCAAAAGCCUAUUACCGAGCCGCAUCUAAAGAAGUAAAAGACCGAGCUCGCGAGUUCUACCAAUCCAUGGACUCGGAUGGAAACGGCCGAGUCGAUUGCUCCGAGUUCCUAGACUUCAUGAGUCAGACUAGCAACCCCUCCUCCAUGCAAAAGCGUAAAUUAUUCAGCGCGCUCGACCUCGACAACAACGGCACCCUCGACUUCUUUGAGGUCAUGACGCUGUACUACAUCAUCAAGAGCGGCCGCCCCUUAUGCGACGGCGACGGCUGCGGCAGAUUCAUCCUGGGAAUAUUUUUCUCGUGCGUCGAGUGUUUCAAGAAUUCGAAAACCUCCUUCGACCUGUGCCCUGAUUGCUACCGUGCGGCGAGGUAUGAUCAUAAUCAUGACGGCCAGGCUCAAUUUUUGGACAAUUAUGCGUUGCUGCAAGUUAUGAGAGAUCCGACUCUUACACGGGAAUCGGGGGUAAAUUUGAAUGAGGUGAACACCUAUGGGCAAAGUGUGAAUAUCAGUGAACUUCCGGGUGGAGUUUCCUUGGCUGGAUCUGGAGGUGGUUUAUUGUCAGUUGAAGGAGGGAACGGGCAGAUGGCCGCUGGAUUAUUCAACAAUUCAAAUGUUGGGGCAAGGACUGGACAUGAUGUAAUCCAUAUGCAUAAUUCGUUCCUGACGACCAAUCAACACAUACAUAUUCACAAUCAUAAUACAGUUGUUCGAGAACCAUUAAUUUCAAAGCGGAAAAAAUUGCUGCUUGCACUCGAAUCAUUUGAAUUAGCACUCAAGAUUGGGACCGUUUCUAGCACCGUCUGCACUAUAAUGUGAGAGGCAAAAGGAAAAGGAAAAGGAAGAACAGAACUUGUGACUUGCUUUUAUAUAUAUAU